AAAUGACACAUGUUACAUAACAAUAUAACCUAAUUUUUUAUAAUGAAAACUAAAUAAAAUUUCUUAUUUUUUUAAACCUUUAGGGUAAAUGAAACUAUACGAUCCUAAAGUUCGAAGGCUCUUAGAUCGGUGGCCUGGAAAAAAGACUUUCGGAAUCUAUAGGUUUUUACCCCUCUUUUUUGUACUUGGAGCGGCACUGGAAUUUUCCAUGAUCAAUUGGAGAGUAGGAGAGGUUAACUUUUAUCACACCUAUAAAAAGAGAGAAGCACAAAACAUAUUAGAGAAAAGGCAGUACGAGAGUCAAUUAAACAAGGAAGAUAUCUGGAAAAGCUAAUAGGAAAAUGCCAGCAGGAGUAUCUUGGGGUCAAUAUCUAAAAUUUUCUACAUGUGC